AUGAAGUUGGCAUUUGCUGUGUUUCCCAUGGUGGCACUGUCUGAGUGCCUCGUCCAGAUCCCUCUGGAAAAGGGCAAGAGUGCCUGGGAGGUCUUGCAGGAACAGGGUUUAUGGGAGGAGUAUAGGCAAAAGUACCCAUACAAUCCCAUGGCCAAGUUUGAUAGGAGCUUUGCUGUGGGCCCUGAAUCCCUGACCAAUGAUGCUGGUCUGUCUUACUAUGGAGUCAUCUCAAUUGGAACUCCACCUCAGUCCUUUAAAGUCAUCUUUGAUACUGGCUCAUCUAACCUGUGGGUUCCCUCCAUCUACUGCAACAGUGCAGCCUGCAAGAAUGACUUUGCCUCCACACCUAAACAGAAUGUCUACACUCAGUCCGAAGCAUUGCUCUUUUGUAAUAACAAUCAGCGAGGCAGUGAGGUGACCUUUGGUGGUGUUGAUACCAAUCACUACUCUGGUUCCAUCACCUGGAUUCCUCUCUCCAAUGAACUGUAUUGUCAGAUCACAGUUGGCAGUGUUUGUGGUAAUGGUCAGGCUGUAGCUUGUAAUGACGGCUGUCAGGCUAUUGUGGACACUGGAACCUCUAUGAUUGUUGGACCUCAGAGCGACAUUGACAACAUCAAUGCCUGGCUGGGAGCAAGUAGCCAGAAUGGAGAGUACAUUGUCAACUGCAACAACAUUGGCCAAAUGCCUGAUGUAACCUUCAACAUCAAUGGAAACCAGUUCACUCUGCCUAUGUGUAUCAGGUAAGUUCAGUAUAGUAGCUGUAUCACAGGCUUCAGUGCUACAGGUGGCAACAUGUGGACCCUGGGCGAUGUCUUCCUCAGACAGUAUUAUUCCAUCUACAACAGAGGCCAGAAUAUGUUGGGUCUGGCCAAGGCUAGAUAA